AUGUUAAUCCUCUAUACCACCUGGAAGACUUUGGCAAGCAACUACGUCAACGUGCUACUGGUAUUCGUGCCUCUGGGUAUCAUCUCUGGCGAGCUUGGUUGGAGCUCCACUGCUGUCUUCAUUCUCAACUUCUUGGCCAUCAUCCCGUUGGCAUCGCUGUUGGCCUUUGCGACGGAAGAGAUAUCUGUGCAUGUUGGUCAAACACUUGGUGGUCUGUUGAAUGCGACGUUUGGCAAUGCCGUAGAGCUGAUUGUCUCCAUUGUUGCGCUGAGGAAGAAUGAGGUCAGAAUCGUCCAGUCUAGUAUGCUCGGCAGCAUCCUCUCCAACAUCCUCCUCGUGCUUGGGUGCUGUUUUAUUGCUGGUGGCAUCGCCAAGCCAGAGCAGAAGUUCAACUCGACCGUCGCAUCGACCAUGUCGUCGCUUAUGGCUGUCGCCUCGGCUUCGCUGAUCAUCCCUGCCACCUUGUACGCCGCGCUACGUGACUCCAAGGAGAGCUCCAACGACAAUAUCCUCCUUUUGUCUCACGGCACCUCCAUCAUCCUCCUCAUUCUCUACGUUCUCUACCUGUACUUCCAAUUGAAGAGUCACGCGCACUUGUUUGACGAGGAACAAGCGUCUGACGAGAAUGGAAACGAGGAACAUGCAGAAGCUCAAGUCCUAGGGCCCAUUCCGGCUGGUAUCGCUCUUGCGGUCAUCACGAUCAUCACAGCAGUGUGUGCUGAAUAUCUCGUCGGAAGCAUUGAAGGCAUUGUCGCGACAGGGAAAGUGUCCAAGACCUUUAUCGGUCUUGUGCUGCUGCCCAUUGUUGGAAAUGCAGCCGAGCACGUCACGGCCGUCGUGGUUGCGUACAAGAGCAAGAUGGACUUGGCCGUGGGUGUUGCCAUUGGUAGCUCCAUGCAGAUUGCGCUUUUCGUCACGCCAUUCAUGGUCAUUCUCGGAUGGAUCAUGGACAUCAACAUGACCCUCCACUUCCAGCUCUUCGAGACGGUCGUCUUCUUCCUCAGUGUCUUGGUCGUCAACUACCUGAUUCAGGACGGCAAGAGCAACUACUUGGAGGGCGCCAUGUGUCUCGGCACCUACAUCAUCAUUGCCCUCGCCUUCUACGUCUACCCGGACGACGCUUCAUCCGACCCCACCAGCCUCACUGGCGGUCACUAG